AUGGGCGUCGUCGCGGACGUCCCGACGCGACCGGUGAUCGACGACGCGCCGUCGAUCGGGACGUGCGUGCGCGCGUUCGGGACGACGGAGCUCCGGGACGUGCUCCUGGGAGGGGCGGUGGGGAGCUCGGUGGGGUACGUCGUGGGUGGGCUGGAGACGGCGAGUAAGCGGUGCUUGCGGACGCCGACGGCGGCGACGCUGGGCGCGAUCGGUUUGUGUUUCGGGACGUUUCACGCGAUGCAGAGCAGCGCGGGACGGUUGAUGGGAUUCAGGGAUUGA